GAAGUUAACCAACCAUGACAUGUCUUGGUACAGCAUUAAUAUAUGGAGAUUCUGUUCAGAGCUCUGUUGGCAUGUCAAAUAUUCGAAGAAUCAUAAGAGUUUGUCCCCAGUUUGAUAUUCUUUGGGAUGCAUUGUCUGGUCAAGAGCACCUCCACCUCUUUGCAAGUAUUAAGGGUUUGCCCCCUUCUUCAAUUGAAUCGGUGGCACAGGAAUCAUUAGCAGAGGUGAGACUCACUGAAUCAGCCAAAAUAAGAGCUGGUAGUUACAGUGGAGGAAUGAAACGCCGCCUUAGUGUUGCGAUUGCCCUAAUUGGUGACCCGAAGUUAGUCAUAUUGGAUGAACCGGUAUACAGAUAAGAGAAUCUUCGUUCUUCAUUAAAUUUAUUCACUUCAUCUGCUCAACAGAAAUUUUAUCAUUUUUCAAGGCACAAGGAUAAUUAUUGUUCAAUUGCCAAAAGUUAAAAUAAUUAGCAUUUUUGGCAAUAAAAUUUUCUAUUUUCCUCAUAAUUAUUUGAAUUUUUUCUUAUUGUUAACAAUUUGCCCAAACACAAAAAUCAAAAGUACAACAGUAGAUA